CACCACUGUCCGGUUGAUUGCCAUGAGAGCCCAGCUCACUCUAGCGCUUCUUCUCUCCCUCGCGGUUGCCUCCACCAGCCCCCUCGCUGUCGCCGACGAUCUUGACUAUGGUGGUGGAGUGAAGAAAUCUGAUGCCGCCUCGGACGUCUCCGCCAGUGCCGAGACGAAACCCGAGGCUGACUCCUACGUCCCCGCCAACGCUGAGAAGAAACCCGAAGCCGUCGCAGCCAGCACCCAGAAUAAACCCGAAGUUGCCUCUGAUGUCUCUACCAGCGCUGAGAAGAAACCCGAGGCUGACUCCUACGUCUCCGCCAGCACCGAGAAGAAACCUGAAGCCGCCUCUGACGUCUCCGCCAGCGCCGAAAAGAAACCCGAGGCUGCCUCCGACGUCUCUGCCAAUGCAGAGAAGAAACCAGAGGAUGACUCCUACGUCUCCACUAGCUCUGAACAGAAACCUGAAGCCGUCUCCGCCAGCGCCGAGAAGAAACCUGAAGCCGCCUCCGAUGUCUCCACCAGCGCUGAGAAGAAACCCGAAGCCACCCCUGAGAAGAAACCUGAGGCCGACUCCUACGUCUCCACUAGCGCCGAGAAGAAACCUGAAGCUGCCUCCGACGUCUCUGCCAGCGUCGAUAAGAAACCCGAAGCCGCUCCUAAGAAGAAACCCGAGGCCGACUCCUACGUCUCCGCCAGUGCUGAGAAGAAACCUGAAGCCAACUCUGACGUCUCCGCCAACAUCGAGAAGAAAACCGAAGCCGCCCCUGAGAAGAAACCCGAGGCCGACUCCUACGUAUCUACCAACGUUGAGAAGAAAUCCGAAGCUGCCUCUGACGUCUCUGCCAGCGCUGAGAAGAAACCCGAGGUCGCCACUGACGCCUCUGCUAUCCCUGAGAAGAAACCUGAAGCCGUCUCCGACGUCUCCGCUAGCAUGGAGAAGAAACCCGAAGUCGUCGCCGACUACGCCGGUGCUAAGAAGAAACCUGAUGUCGCCCCCGACAAUGUUGUUGUAGAGAAGAAUCCGGUAAACUCCUCUGGCUAUGCCGGCAUGGAGAAGAACCCUGAAGGUGCCACCAAGGCCGCCGGGAAGAAGAAAUCUGAGGUUGCCUCAGAGAAGAAAUCCAAAAAAAAGAGCGAGCCCUCCCAGCCUUCCACAACUGAGAAGAAACCCAAAGGGAAAAACGACCAUGGUACCGAGAAGAAGUCCAAAGGCAAGAAGGACGCCUCUGGAUACACAGGUGCGGAGAAGAAACGAAAAGCAAAAGUAGAUUCGCCCAAGAAGGCUGGGGCCAAGAAGAAACCAGAGAUGCUAAAGAAGGAAGAGCCUAAGAAGAAUGACAAGCCCAAGUCGUCAGCGCCGGCCACAACUGAUGCUUACGUCGCACCGAAGGAAGAGACGAAGAAGCCAGAAGCUGCCACGCCCGAUACCUACACCGCACCAAAGGUGGAACCAAAGAAGGAGGAGCCAAAGGUACCAGCAGCCGACACCACCGAUAGAUAUGCCAAACCAAAGAAGGCCCAACCGGAGACGUCGGCGGCUGCAACAUCUGAUAGCUACACCGUGUUGAAGAAUGCUCAGCCAGAGACACCGGUAGCUAGCACAACUGACAACUAUGAUGUGCCAAAGACUGCCAAGCCGGAGACGGAGGCGGCCAGCACAACCGAUAGUUAUGCUGCGCCGAAGACUUCCCAGCCAGAGACACCAGCGGCCGAAACAACCGAUGCUUAUGCUGCGCCGAGACCGAGGCCGUGGAACAAGAAGAUUGGCCAUUUACCCCCGCCGCACAUGUAAGUUCAACAAUUUACCCAGUUUCUGAGCGAUCAAACAAAACAACUUCCCCUCUCAUCUCACUUGGGGAGCUACUAUGACCGGAAAACUGGCCCACACUCAUUUUUAUACCCCAAUUUUCAUUGUGUAACCACUUACCCACAAUGUACCACUUAUGCAACUCUGUUUGCAAUUAUUGUAUUGUUAUGUAAAGAGAACUCAUGUACCUGUCAUGUAAACAAACCGGUGUUUGAUAACCCACAAGUAUAGGGGAUUGCAACA